CAUUUUUCUGACGUAGAAGUGGCGUAUGUCAUAUGAGGGGGGAUAAAAAUAUGGCGUCUUUGUCAGAAAUGUACGAUGUGGGGUGGGAAGAGAUGAGAGACAAGCUGCGGAAAUGGAGAGAAGACAACUGCAGAAAUAGUGAACAGAUAGUGGAUGUUGGUGAAGAGCUCAUCAGUGAACAUGCAUCAAAACUGGGGGAUGACAUCUGGAUUAUUUAUGAGCAGGUGAUGAUCGCCGCGUUGGACUGCAGUCGGGACGACUUGGCUCUGACCUGUCUACAGGAACUGAGGAAGCAGUUUCCAGAUAGCCACAGAGUGAAGCGAUUAACGGGCAUGAGGCUGGAAGCUUUGGAAAGGUACGACGAGGCCAACAAACAUUACGACGCCAUUCUGCAGGAGGACCCCACCAACACGGCAGCAAGGAAGCGCAAGAUUUCUAUACUGAGGGCCCAGGGGAAGAGCACUGAAGCAAUAAGGGAACUCAAUGAGUAUCUGGAGCAGUUUGUUGGAGACCAAGAGGCAUGGCAUGAGUUAUCAGAGCUCUACAUCAAUGAACAUGACUAUGGAAAAGCUGCGUUUUGUCUGGAAGAGCUGAUGAUGACCAAUCCUCACAAUCACUUGUACUGUGAACAGUAUGCAGAGGUGAAGUACACACAGGGGGGGAUGGAAAACCUGGAGCUGGCCAGAAAAUAUUUUGCCCAGGCACUGAGAUUAAACAACCGGAACAUGAGGGCCUUGUUUGGCCUGUACAUGUCUGCAAGUCACAUCGCUGCCAGUCCCAAAGUCAGCGCCAAGGUGAAGAAGGACAAUAUCAAAUAUGCGGCUUGGGCUGCUGCUCAGAUAAAUCGAGCCUACAAGCUGGCUGGUCGAGGCAAUAAGGAGAACAAAUGCUCCAUAAAAGCAGUGGAGGAGAUGCUGGAGUCCAUGCAGAUCACCAUGUCAUAGGUCUCCUGAUUUCAUGUUUCCUUUUUGUUCUGUUAAGUCGGAGCAACAUGGCAGCUCAAACGUCCUUGCAAUUUGACCAUUCAUUCAUCGACAAGUGUUUUUUUUUUUUGGUGCUACCACCUUUAGAUUUUUUUUUUUCUGUCAUUAUUUGAUUUUUAACAGAAAAUGGAAGACACUGUCAAUAACUCUAACUUAAGUAAACCGUGCUGUAGAUAGUUACCCAGCUUGGAUCAUGCAGCCCCCUGAUUCAUCCCAGUUUCUAGCAGGUAUGAACUGUUUUCACUUAGUACUACAUCAACAUUAAUAUCCAUACAGUGUGACCAGAACACAUUAGCUGUACAAUACAUGCUAUUUAAGAUCCCGUAUGCUCAUUCUCACAAUUAUCUGUAAAAUAAACUAAUAAACUUUUUUUUUUCCAAAGUCGA